AUGCAAGCAGUUGACACGCAUACACAGCCUUACCAGGACCCUCGGCGUCAGCCACGCCACCAUCACGAUGUGCAGGCUAGCGGCUAUCAACUUGCGCCUACUACCGGCAACUUCCUAAUGCCAGAUGCGCAAGGCACAUUUACGUACUCUGCAGAACCGGCAUCCAUGGUCUACGAUGGGUCCAUGGUAUCGCAUCCCUCGUCCAGCACCCCUGGGCAAGAAUCCAUCUUCACUCCAAACGUCGGAUCCUCUCUUGACUCUUCAUUGAAUCCGGAUAUGUCAUAUCCCCCACCGAAUGCCUACAACCAAUCUCAAAACUACGGUUUUUCCCCAGGAUCCUACUACGGAAACGGCCAGAAUAUCUCACCCUCACAUUCGAUCGAUCACAUCAGUCCGGAAGCUGGCUACAUGAGCGAUCCCAAUUAUCAAGACCCUAGCACUUACGCCACUCCAAACUUCAACGGACACGUUCUCGACGAAUUCUCCGGCCUAACCUUUGCCGACAACAGUUCAACCAACAAUUUCCCGGCGUUCCAGGAGCAUGUGGAUAUGUCAGCCCUGACCUCGGGGUCGCUUAACACAUACAACGCCCAGCCGAGCGUUGCCCUCAGUAAUACUUCACUAAACCCACACCAUCAACUGCUAUCGCCUAGUGCAACGAACAAUUCUAGUCCUGCGCUUGGCGAUGAGAGCUCAGCGUUCCCCUCCAUGCAGUACAAUGGAAACAUGUCGACGCCGCCAAACAACGGCACUCAUCUACCUCAAGCAACACCCAUCACGCAAACGCAUAGCCCAGCCUUGACGAACAGCUCCGGAGACGUCUCGAUGGUAAACCCUCGGCCGCUUACGCGACAUCUGACGAGCCCCAUUGUGCGUGUGGAGCAUUACAGUAGAGAAGAUUCACCUUCGCGUUCCGACAAUAGCAUGCCUGCCAGUAGACACAGCUUUAGCAGUCGUCGAUCUGCCAACCACUUAUCACCCUAUGCCCACAAUGAUACAUCCGACGAAGAAGGAGAUUCGCAGGAACACGUUCAUGUGCGAUCAGCAGUUCGUGGACCCGAACGCAACGAUGAUGGUUCUUGGUUGACGACAGGAGAGUCCGGGCAGAACGGUCUCAAUCCUGAUGAUCGACGUCGCAUGGGCGACGCGUGGGUUCCCAGCAUAGAGGAGAUUGCUGAACAACGGUCGAAAAACGAGAAGAAGCUUGAGGUACAAGAGUGGCUCACCAAGAGUGAAGUUGGAAGCGAAGCAGGUGACGUGGGGCCUUCGAAUAAUCUGCUUAAACCCAUCACGGGUAGACGCCGAGCAAAGAGUCACAACGAUGUUCAGCGCCGGGCUCUCCCAAACAGCUUUGGUCUGGGUGUGCGUACCGAUUUCGAUCGUAUAGACGAUUCGAGUAUACCUGGGCCUGGCGUGUACAUCGACGAGCGAAGCGAUUACGGCGACUACGACUACGAAGACGAUGAAUCGGCAGAACCCGAAUCCCCACCCGCUGCGAUCGACAUCAAUGCAAGUCACGUCGAAAACUCGUAUUUCCCUCUCACGCAAGAAUCUAUGUCAAAGGAUGGUGCUGUUGUCAAGCCGUGGGUAGAUGGACCGUCGCAGCCACAUCCAUCAAACACUUCGGCUCGAUACCAGCCACCUACGUCAAAUGCCGCAAUGAUGCGCUUUUUGGUGCGAUCGAAGGAUGUCGAACAAGCUUCGCUUGCAGCCACCGUUGGUUCACGUCGUCUCAGCGAGUCUGACAUUGGCAGCAUCCGUGCUGCUCCAGGUGUCAUCAAGGUUAUUGAACCUGAACCGAGGAAGAGCAAAGACCGACAACGUCGUCCCAGCUUCCUAGAGAAUAUCCUGCCCAAGCGUACACCAAGUAAUCUGCUCAAACGUAAGGGCAGUAUACCCGUACAACAGUCGGAUGCAUCCUCGGACAAAUCCAAAGAGCCUAUCUUUGAAAAGCCAAAGCGCAUAGGUAGUUGGGGUCGCCCAAAAUCACCUCGAGUUGAUACCAACCUGAGCAGUCAUAGCAAAGAAGCAGAACCACGUAGUUCUAUGGGCCUAUCUGCGGCUGCGGGGCCAUGGUAUAAAGGCCCCAGAAAUGUCAUCAAACGUAGCCGGAGCAGGAGUGACAUCGGCCGAUCGCCAGGGCUGGCUGAGCUGAUGACGCAGCAUGGAGGUCCACCUAUGCCUAUGUUAGCCUCACCACUUGCAGACACAGAGGCGACGAAGCCAUCCGCACAGCCAAGCCCCGCGGGAGAUGACGACGAUGAAGAUCAGGAUCCUGUGAGUAUGGAUCUUACAGUGCGCACGGAUCCCAUUAUUCCAACGUAUGACGGCUUCCGAUCCCAUGCCAGACAACUCAACCCACGUCUGGGUGACUUUAUGGUUGAGCGCAUCACCCAAGAGCAGAUGCGCAGAUACAAAAGACUAUUGGAAUUCAAAGUCAAGCAUAUCAACGCCGUGCAACACAAGAACUGUGCCUCCAAACAUUUCUGCACCGACCUCGGUGGUGAAGCAAAGCAGCUUCCUCCAAAAGCAGGAGCUAAGGAUGUCGAUACUCCAUUCAUCGGUUUCCAGGUUACUCUACCCGGAUCCGACGACGACGACGGCGAGCCUCCACUAGAGGGCAAUGUUGCUCCUGCUGCAUUUCCAUCAGGUGUACCACUGCCUCCCGUCAAACGCCUACCAGCUGAGUUUGAAUGUCCCCUGUGCUUCAAGGUCAAGAAAUUUUACAAGCCGUCCGACUGGACCAAACAUGUACAUGAAGACGUACAACCUUUUACAUGCACCUUUCCUAAUUGCGGUGAGCCCAAAUCAUUCAAACGCAAGGCAGACUGGGUCCGACACGAGAACGAGCGACAUCGUCAGCUAGAGAACUGGACGUGCCAGAUCGCUGAUUGCAACCACACAUGCUAUCGCAAAGACAAUUUCGUGCAGCAUCUUGUCCGCGAGCAUAAGAUUGCUGAGCCACGUCAACGUACCCGAGCUGUUAAUAAAGAUGCCCCAGCUACUGGCGACCAAGACGACAUUUGGGCCAUUGUUGAACGAUGCCGUCGCGACACCACUAAACAACCAAAGGACGAGCCAUGCCGGUUCUGUGGUAAUAUUUGCAACAGCUGGAAGAAACUGACAGUCCACUUGGCAAAACAUAUGGAGCAGAUCAGCAUGCCUAUUCUCACACUGGUGGACCAGAAACAACUCAACGCAGACAGUAUCAUCAGCCCGGUAGUCGAGCUGCCCGAAAGCCGCAAGCUAUCCAUGACUCCAAGCCGCUCGCCAAUCGAUAACCCGUCACGAUACAACCCCACUGCAACUUAUGCACCUGGUAUCGACCCUCACAGUCUCUACCCUCAGGAACCGAAGCCUCAGACAGAAUCCGCAGGGAUGCAAACCUACCCACCACCGCAAAUGGCACCGCCACCGGCUCAGCCCAACGGUUAUGCAGAUUACGCGGCAAACAAUGUCGCAUACCAUACGAACCAGACCUACCCCGGCCUCCAGGUCCCUCGGAAGCCACUCGGGGGUUACGCGAAUGGGCUCCAGAUCCCAAAUCAGCCAUACCGAAAUGGAAACAUGCAAAACGGGGUGCAGCAAUAUGGCAUGAAUCCCGUUGGCACCGUUCAGCAGCAGCAGUCAAUGUAUACAGACUCUCCGGUCGACACCACGAUUACACCCUUUCCUUCCUACUACACCCAAGAGCCACAGGGCUUGACGACUGAGAUGCCUAACAUGGGAUAUGACACCAACAACACUAUGCAUUAUCAGCAGGGAAGCACCUACCCUGCCAUGUCAUACUUGACGGCGCAACACAACUAUCAAUACCAACAUCAGCAAUAA